CUGAGGUGGAAGUGUGGCCGGUGGCGGCUUUCUUUCCGCAGUGAUUGCAUUGCAUUGCAUCGCGUCGUCACACGGGACAUGCAUGAUUGGGAGAAUGAGAGGUCGACGGGCGUUGCUUAGCCGCGUUGCGAUCGUUUUCAUGAUUGGGAGUACUAUGCUAUUGCUAGACCAAUUUAUGUGUGUUUUUCUGACGCAAAUUGGGGGGGGUGCUUUUGUGUGGGUGUGUAGAUGGAGUGGGGAGGGCACUUGCAUCUGCAUGCCCUCCUUUUACAAUUGCUUCAUUCAUUCACACACUCUUUUUUUCUUCUUCUUCUUUUUUUGCUGGGUCGACCUUUUCGUCUCUUCUUUUUCGUCACUCCUUGUUCCGGUCAUGGAUUUUAUUUCCACGUUGAGCUGGGAUUGGGUAUUGUUUUUGAGACAUGGAUAGGCUAGAAUUGGGAGAAACAAAAAAGACCUGUAUGUAGUAGGUAAAUUGGGCAAGUGGGGGGAAAAGGAGGGACGAAAUGCUGCCAGGCGCCGCCUAAUGGAGUAACGUGGGUUGUCAUUUCAGCCAUUAAUUGUUGCUGCAUCUUGACGACGAGCCCGCGAGGAGUUUGAUUUGAUAUGGAAGCGAAGAACCAAACCGGUGGCGACGAGGAGUGCAGCAGGCCGCAGCAGCAGCCGGUGGUGAUGGACUCGCCGAGGGCGGCUCAGGCGGCGACGCGGCGCAAGAAGAUGACGAAGCAGCUGACGGGGAAGCGGGACGACACGGCGAUGCACGCGGCGGCGCGCGCCGGGCAGCUCGCGUCCAUGCGGGAGAUGAUGUCCGGCAAGGACGCCGAGGAGCUCGGGGCGCUGCUAUCGCGGCAGAACCAGGCCGGGGAGACGCCGCUGUUCGUGGCCGCCGAGUACGGGUACGUGGCCCUGGUGGGGGAGAUGAUCAGGUGCCACGACGUCGCCACCGCCAGCAUCAAGGCCCGCAGCGGCUACGACGCGCUCCACAUCGCCGCCAAGCAAGGGGAUGUAGACGUCGUGAGGGAGCUGCUGCAGGCGCUGCCUCAGCUGUCGCUGACGGUGGACUCGUCGAACACGACGGCGCUGAACUCGGCGGCGACGCAGGGACACUUGGACGUGGUGAGGCUCCUGCUGCAGGUGGACAGGAGCCUGGCGCUGAUCGCGCGCAGCAACGGCAAGACGGCGCUGCACUCGGCGGCGCGGAACGGGCACGUGGAGGUGGUGCGCGCGCUGCUGGAGGCGGAGCCCAGCAUCGCGCUGCGCACGGACAAGAAGGGCCAGACCGCGCUGCACAUGGCCUCCAAGGCCACCCGGCUGGACCUCGUCGACGCGCUCCUCGCCGCCGAGCCGGCGCUGCUGAACCAGAAGGACAACAAGGGCAACACCGCGCUGCACAUCGCGGCGCGCAAGGCGCGGCACGAGAUCAUCAGGCGGCUGGUCACGAUGCCCGACACGGACCUCAAGGCGAUCAACCGGUCCGGCGAGACCCCGCUGGACACGGCGGAGAAGAUGGGCAACGGCGACGCGGCUGAGCUGCUGGCGGAGCACGGCGUGCAGUCGGCGCGCGCCAUCAGCCCGGGCGCCGGCGGCGGGAACAACAAGCAGCAGCGCGAGCUGAAGCAGCAGGUGAGCGACAUCAAGCACGAGGUGCACUCGCAGCUGGAGCAGACGCGGCAGACCCGGGUGCGGAUGCAGGGCAUCGCGAAGCGCAUCAACAAGCUGCACGAGGAAGGGCUGAACAACGCCAUCAACUCGACGACGGUGGUGGCCGUGCUGAUCGCGACGGUGGCGUUCGCGGGCAUCUUCACGGUGCCCGGGGAGUACGUUGAGGACCCCCGCAGCAGCCUGACGCCCGGGAAGGACGUCGGGGAGGCCAACAUCUCCCACCAGACGGCGUUCAUCAUCUUCUUCGUCUUCGACUCGGUGUCGCUCUUCAUCUCGCUGGCCGUGGUGGUGGUGCAGACGUCGGUGGUGGUGAUCGAGCGCAAGGCCAAGAAGCAGAUGAUGGCGGUGAUCAACAAGCUCAUGUGGGUGGCCUGCGUGCUCAUCAGCGUCUCCUUCCUGGCGCUGUCGUUCGUGGUGGUGGGCCGCGCCGAGCGGUGGCUGGCCGUGUCCGUCACCAUCAUGGGCACCACCAUCCUGGCCACCACCAUCGGCACCAUGCUCUACUGGGUGAUCGCGCACCGCAUGGAGGCCAAGCGGAUUCGCACCAACAAGCGCAACAGGCUCAGCCGCUCCCGCUCCUUGUCCAUCUCCGGCAUGUCGGAGGGCGAGUGGGUCGAGGAGGAGUACAAGAGGAUGUACGCCAUCUGACAUUCUGACUCUGACCAUCCCACCCACGCUAGCUACCUGCAUGCUUAAUUUCAUCUCGUGCAUUUCAAUUGCAUGAGCAUCGAUCGCAUUGCCACAAGUACGUUGCCGUGCUUCGGCCCGGGCUAACAUUUUUCUUCAGUAACUCUUGCUGAUGGUUCUUUUUUGCUGAGGACGGAAGUAGCAACUAGCGAAUAAACCUACCAUUUAGAUUGUUAGAACCCUGUGCGUGCGCCUCCUGCGAGAUUAGUAAAAUCUGUCUACGUCAAGAGGAAAAGCUGAUUGCUGAAGCCAUGAUAGAAGAUAGCGCAGUGUUGCCACGCCAGUGGACUUGUUAUUGACUUCACCAGACCAUGUAUGUAUGUAGUAUAUUAGUGGAAGAUUUUAUUAGAAGCUCUAGACGACCAUGCACUUUACAUUAUCUGACUCUGACUCAAGUAUAAGUAUGGUAGUCAAAAGAAACUGAUUAGAAUCA